ACGAAAGCCCGUUCUUGGACUGUGCUGGGGGCUGGUAGUCGUGCUGAUUGGAUGCAUAGUAGUUAUUAGUACAGUGUUUCUGUUUUGAACAGGCCGAGCAGUACAUCGAACACCACAAGAUCCAGCGGACAUGUACUGGAGCCAUGUCGCCCAUCUGCGUGUCAUUAUUCGACCCGUGUUGAUCACGUUCAUCGCCAUAUCCAUCUGCGUCCUUUGGAUUCAUUCAAACACCAGCGCCGAUGGAAAUCUGUUGGCUGCUACUCAAUCAGUUCAACCGUGUCCUCUGAUUUCACCUAAAUUAAUUGGUUGGACAAACCUUUCUCUGGAAACAAUGUCAGCCAUGUCGAAGGAAGACGAAGACAUCGUUGAGUUCAGGAUGAAAGAGGCUGGAGUGAAAGCUGGCGGUCGUUACGAGCCGAGUGAAUGUCGAUCCCGACAUCAAGUGGCCAUCAUUGUGCCCAUAAGAAAUCGAACAGAACAUUUGACUGUUUUCUUGCGCUACAUGCAUCCGUUCUUGCAGCGACAGCAGCUCAAUUACGUCAUCAUCGUCGUUGAACAAUCAGAACGUUGGCCCUUCAACCGUGGCAUGUUGAUGAAUAUCGGCUUCAGAGAAGCCCAACUAUUGCAUGGAAAAUACCAAUGUGUUAUUUUGCACGAUGUCGAUAUGCUACCUGAACACGACGGCAAUCCAUACACCUGUCCGACAAAUGGGAAACCCAGGCAGAUGGCCUUUUCAAUUGAUCGCUGGAACGAUUACAAUUCGAUACCGUGGAGCUUUUUUGGAGCCGUGAGCGCAAUUUCGGCCAAUGAUUUCCAGCUGAUUAAUGGCUACUCGAACGCUUUCUGGGGCUGGGGUGGUGAAGACGAUCAGUUAUUUCAACGCACGCGGUCGCAAAAUCUGACGGUGGUCAGAGCUUUCGACGGCAACGUGUCACAAGUGGUGCAUUACAAGACAAUGUCCCAUCCGAAAGCCACGCCCAAUCCGGAUCGGAUGUCGUUGAUCAACGAAGGCUGGACCAAAUUCAAAAUGGACGGGCUCGUCGAUUUGAGAUACACGAGACUCGAUUUGAAACUGAAACCUCUUUAUACUCACAUUGUUGUCGACAUCCAGCCAUACAACAUCACCACUUAGAUUUUACAUUCCACCUUGAAUAUUAAUCGUUUUAAAUUUGAUUGAUUUAUUUAAUAUACAUGUCGUUUUACUUGUACGAUUACACAGAGCAGUAGCUAAAUGUGA